AUGGUGCAGAAAUACCAGUCCCCAGUGCGAGUCUACAAAUACCCCUUUGAGCUCGUCAUGGCAGCGUAUGAGAAGCGCUUUCCUACAUGCCCAGAGAUCCCAGUGUUCCUGGGGAGUGAAAUCCUGCAUGAAUCCAGGAGUGAGGAUGGGGCUAUACACGUCAUUGAGCGCAGCUGCAAGCUGAACGUGGAUGCUCCCAGGCUGCUGAAGAAGAUUGCUGGGGUGGAGUAUGUCUUCUUCAUCCAGAAGAACACCGUGAACUGGAAGGAGCGAACUCUGCGCAUUGAGGCUCACAAUGAGACCUUCGCAAACCGUGUCGUGGUCCAUGAGACAUGCAGCUACUCCGUUCACCCUGAGAACGAGGACUGGACGUGCUUUGAGCAAUCAGCAUCGCUCGACAUCAAGUCCUUUUUUGGCUUUGAAAGCACAGUGGAAAAAAUUGCCAUGAAGCAAUACACAUCCAACAUCAAACGGGGCAAGGAGGUGAUUGAGCACUACCUGAAGGAGCUGAUCUCCCAGGGCAUCACGUCCAUCCCGCGCUGGAGCCCGCCUGGGGUGGACAGGCAGGAGGAGCAACCCGUGGCCAUAGGCCGUGGGGCUGGUGGCAUCCUGCAGGAUCCUCCUGGGAGCCCCACGGAGCAGCCUGGGAGCCCCUGCCCUGCUGCAGAGCCUGGGAGCCCUGACGCUGACAAGUUGGACGCCGACUACAUCGAGCGCUACCUGGGCCGGCUGACGCCCAUGCAGGAGAGCUGCCUCAUCCGCCUGCGCCAGUGGCUGCAGGAGACACACAAGGGCAAGAUCCCCAAGGACGAGCACAUCCUCCGGUUCCUGCGGGCGCGCGACUUCAACAUCGACAAGGCUCGGGAGAUGCUGUGCCAGUCGCUGGCCUGGCGCAAGCAGUACCAGGUGGAUUACAUCCUGCAGUCCUGGAGGCCCCCGGCCCUCCUGGAUGAGUACUACACCGGGGGGUGGCACUACCAGGACAAAGAUGGACGACCUCUCUACAUCCUGCGUCUGGGCCAGAUGGACACAAAGGGGUUGGUGAAAGCCCUGGGAGAAGAAUCACUGCUGCGACACGUUCUCUCCAUUAACGAGGAAGGGCAGAAGAGAUGUGAGGAAAACACCAAUGUCUUUGGCCGCCCCAUCACGUCCUGGACAUGCCUGGUGGACUUGGAAGGGCUCAACAUGAGGCACCUCUGGAGGCCUGGGGUGAAGGCUCUGCUGCGCAUCAUCGAGGUUGUGGAGGACAACUACCCUGAGACCCUGGGGAGGCUCCUGAUCGUGAGAGCCCCGCGGGUGUUCCCCGUGCUCUGGACCUUGGUCAGUCCCUUUAUCAACGAGAACACGCGGCAGAAGUUCCUCAUUUACAGUGGCAAUAACUACCAGGGCUCGGGAGGGCUGGUGGACUAUGUGGACAAAGAUGUGAUCCCAGACUUCCUGGGAGGAGACUGCAUGUGCACAGUCCCCGAGGGUGGGCUGGUCCCCAAGGCUCUGUAUCAGACCGAGGACGAGCCGGAGAACUCGGAUCACAUCCGGCUGUGGACAGAAACCAUCUAUCAUUCAGCCACUGUGCUCAAGGGAGCCCCACACGAGAUAGUCGUGGAGAUUCUGGAAGGGGAAUCAGUCAUCACAUGGGACUUUGACAUCCUGAAGGGAGAUGUGGUGUUCAGCCUCUUUCACUCCAAACGAGCCCCUGAGACAAGGCCCAGAGAAGCCACACUGCCAAGCAGCUCUGCAGCAGGAGACAACAUGCAGCUCAUCGACAGGACGUGGGUCCUCGGUGUCGACUACAGCCGC